UUCGGCAGAGACGACGUUGCUGAGUAGCCCUUGUAUCAGUGCGCUCGUUUCGAACGGAAAUGCUCGUUAACAAGUAUCAUCGGGCGUUGAAUGGACGGAUCUCGCUCCGACAGCUACUAAACGGCGUUACUACGUGGAAGAGAUGCUUAACCGGUUCGGUAUCGAGGGAACCUGAAGGGCCGGUACUUACGACGGAAAUACCGGGCCCUCGAUCGCGCAGCUUGCUACAAGAAUUGAGUUCGAUACAACAAGCGUCUUCCGUACAAUUCUUCGCAGACUAUGAAAAAUCCGCCGGUAAUUACAUAAUAGACGUUGACGGGAAUGUGUUGCUGGACGUUUAUAUGCAAAUCUCAUCAAUGCCUCUAGGGUACAAUCAUCCGGCGAUGCUGGAGGCUCUCGCCGAUCCCGUUAAUCAAAGAAUUAUAGCGAAUAGACCUGCUUUAGGUGUUUUUCCGGGAAAAGACUGGCCUAAUAAAUUAAGGAAUAUUUUACUUGAGAAAGAGUUUGCACCACCGGGAUUAUCACACAUUACAACAAUGAUGUGCGGUUCUUGUUCUAAUGAGAAUGCUUUUAAAAAUAUUUUUAUCUGGUACGCCGAGAAACAAAGACAAGGCAAACCGUUCACGAGGGAAGAGAUAGAAUCAUGUAUGGUGAACCAAAUACCUGGCUCACCGCGAUACUCUAUUAUGUCCUUUAAAGGUAGUUUUCAUGGAAGAACCUUAGGUUGUCUCUCAACAACUCACAGCAAGUACAUUCACAAGAUGGAUAUACCAGCUUUCGAUUGGCCUAUUGCCUCUUUUCCAGAGUACAAAUAUCCUUUAGAAGAAAACAUACGAGAAAAUAAGCAGGAAGAUAAGCGUUGUCUCGCAGAGAUCGAGGAAUUGUUUGAAAAGUACAAAAAUGAAAAGAAAAUACCAGUGGCUGGUGUGAUAAUUGAACCUAUUCAAGCAGAAGGUGGCGAUAAUCACGCAUCUCCAGAAUUCUUUCAGGAACUUCAACGCGUGACGCGGAAGUACGGAGCUGCGUUACUUAUCGACGAAGUGCAAACCGGUGGCGGACCAACGGGAAAAAUAUGGUGUCACGAACACUUCAAUUUAGAUACUCCACCCGAUGUGAUGACUUUCAGCAAAAAAAUGCAAUUAGGCGGUUAUUAUCACUCAGAAAAUCUGAAACCGAAACUGUCAUAUCGUGUGUUCAAUACUUGGAUGGGUGAUCCCAGCAAAAUAAUCCUGCUUGAAACGAUUAUAAAAACGAUUAAGAAAGAGAAUCUUUUAGAUAGAGUUACACGCGUAGGCAAUUAUCUGUUAAAACAUUUGAUGGAUAUGCAAAAGGAACAUUCCAAUGUAAUCAGUGCAGUGCGCGGUCGUGGGACUUUCAUAGCAUUUAAUUGCCCUUCGCCUGAAGCUCGAGAUAAUAUCAUCAAGAAACUUACAACGAAAGGUAAAGUGAUAUUUCAACAUAAAAUGCGAGUGCUAAGAAUAUCUUUCAUGUUUUCGUAUUUUCCUUUGUUCUUAUUAGGUAUUCAGACAGGUGGAUGCGGCAACCAGGCCGUGCGGCUGAGGCCUGCGUUGACCUUCACAGAGCAUCAUGCCGAUAUAUUUCUAGAUGCUCUUCGCUCUGUUUUAAAAAAAUAAAAAUCAUCUUGACAAUUUCUUGUGUCUUCCAAAUCUGAUGUCUUCCAUACUGAAGUACUCGUGGAGAUGUAUCGUGUGAUUUAUGAAGUCUAUAAAUAACUAUUAUUUUUCUAUGGCAGUUAUAAUACACUAUAUGAGAAUACGUUACAAAGAGUUUUAUG